UUUUAAUAUCUAAUUUUUCCCCUCAUUUUCUCGAGAAAAAAAAAAUCCUUCUUUUUGACACUGAGAUUCUCAUCUAACGAUUUCUCCUUAAUUAAUUCUUUUCUUUUUCCUCAAUUUUUCCUUUCAUUAAAUUGUUUUCCAUUUCCACUGUCUCUGCGUGACUUGAUAGCUCCGUCGUAACGCGUUGACCUCUCUUUCUUGGGCUGUGUUCCUCCAAUCCAAAGUUUUGAUCUUUCCUCAGAUUCUAAAGUUGGAACAUGAUUUUUAGUCAACUGGGGUUCUUCCAAAUCUUUAGAUUCCUCUAGAUUGUUACCAAAGUUUUUAUUUUUGGUUUUUCUUAUUUUUCUUUGUUUUUAUGUGUUUGUGGUUCUUGAUGGAUAAUAAUACGGAUACAAAGGAUGCUAAAAAUGAUAUGAAUGAUGAGAAAGUUGAAGAUCAUGCUAAUGGUGAAGAUGAUAGUGAUUCUAAUUCUUUGUUGCCACCUAGGAGAGGUGGAAUGUCAAGGAACUGUGAUAAGACAAGAAGGAAAGUGCAAUGGAAUGAUAAGAAUGGUAAUAAGCUUGCUGAGGUUUUGGAAUAUGAACCAAGUGAUGUAAGUGACUCAGAAGACGACGAAGAUUCAGAUUCUUGUAUCUGUUCAAUAAUGUAGAAAUCAUCUUCAUAGCUGUCUCAAACUCUCUGCUGGAGUAUGCGGGGUCCCAGUUGUGGCCUGUCAACCCUGAAUUUGAUCAAAUUAUACAAAACAUGUUAAGAUUUUUGUUCCGAGGUGGGACCACGUAGUCCAAUAACCAAGAAAAGCAGCUUCUCAUGUCUACCAAUACGCCGAUUCAGUCCGUCUUACUGAGUUUCGAGACAAUAUCUUAGACGAACUUUGGGAUGAAUUCUCGGAUUUCAAUCAAAACACGCGUUACUUCUAGCAAUAUGAUUUGGACAGUGAUGAUAGCUUUCAUGCUCAGCCACAAUCUACUGAUGCUGUAAAAGUUGUUGACUCAACUGCUUAGAUCAUUAUUUCCUUCUGUUUUCUUUUUUCCAUAAUUUAUGGAACAAAUUUUCACUUGAUCACUUUUACCUUUUAUGUGAAUCUACUCUUCAUAUUUGAUUUGUACAGUUAUACUUCAUUCUAGGAAAGAGCUUCUUCUAUGUGUUUACCUUGACAAUAUCUUUGUAUUAAAUAUGAAUUUUAUCAAUCCAACAUUUAAUAGAAAAGUUAUCACGAGGUA